CGCUGACGCUAAUUACGGCAUUCAGUACUCAGUGGUCAAUAAUUCGAACAACCUUAUCCAAGUUAACUAGUCAGGAUGUUCAAGUUCCUCAUUCUUUUCGCUAUUGUGCCUGCGAUGGCCUUUGCUGCGGUCAACUUCCGAGUAUGUUCCAACAAAGCUCCAACGCCAACCACCUUGACUGUGAACGACUGCUCCGGUGACAAUUGCGUCCUGGUUGCCAAAAAACCGCUGUACGCUCUGGCCAGUGGGAUUGUCAGCAGUGUUAACAGCAAGACGGCCACCACCCGAAUCGUUGCCCGUUUCCUUGGUAUGGACCUCGGUUUCAGGACCCCUCCGGAGCUGACCAAUGCUUGCAAUGGAGGAAUACUGGGUGGCUGUCCGAUCGUUGCCGGAAGAGCCUUCAACUACGUUCUUGUUGACGAUUCUCUGGAGGUUCCGGCGGUCAAUAUGCCGGUCGAAAUCGAAGUCAGUCUGACCGGUGACGGUGGCGUAGCUUUGGGUUGCGUUCGUUUCAAUGCCAGAAUCGCGAAAAGAUAAUGCGAUUUCGAGUGAUGUUUUGUGUUGGGGAUGGUUUUAAAACUUGUUCUAACAAAUGAGAAAUUUUGGUACCAAAGUUUUGAAUAAGGAUUUUAUUCAAGUAAAUUAUUUAUUGAAUGUAAAAUAUUUUAGCGAUUCACUUGUAAUUUUUUUUUGCAAAUAAAUAUAUAUAACAAAU